UGGACAACUUUCUUUACAUUGCUGGAGGUGAAGAUCAUGACUGUUACGAAACUGACCCCAUGGGCUGUGAAUACACAAGUGAUGCCGUUUAUCGAUAUGAUCCUAGAUUUAAUAGGUGGUCAUUCGUUGCGUCAAUGCAUGCAAAACGCACUAACUUCUGUCUGCUUGCUUGUCAGGGAUAUCUGUAUGCAAUGGGUGGCCGGAAUGCAUUACUGCGAGACGGGCUGGUUUCAGUGAGUUCUAUAACCCGAUCCUCAACGUGUGGGAGUAUGGUACAUCAUUACCCAGGCCUAUGUAUGGUAUGGGUGGGUGUGUCUAUAACGGAAAGAUUUACAUUUCAGGCGGCUGCACUGAUGGCUCAUUAUACUCGAAGAAUCUGCUUAUGUACGAUCCUGAGACGCUGAACUGGCAACAGAAGGCACAGUUGCCGAACAAACGAGCAUGGCACACCAUGGCUGUGGUGAAUGACCACAUAUACGUAAUCGGGGGACGAAUCGUCAAGUCUUCCAUGACAAUCGCCAGCGAAUUUAGCAUUGAGUGUUAUGACCCCAAAACAGAUGAAUGGUUAACAUCCGUGGAAAUCCCAACAGAUGAGUUAAUUCAGAAUCGACUUUCCAUGACUGGUCACCGAAGUACGGUCUGGAAUGGAUACAUUCUGACUCUACACGGACAGUUUGCGAUUGGUAAUCUCAAGACGAGAAGAACAUUGCAGUGUUAUAAUGUGGAGUUUGAUCGAUGGGAACCCUCUCUCAAAUUACCCAGUGAUGGCUUCCAGGAAGUCUGCACUCUCCGAGUACCCAAGUAUGUUCUAAAGACCAAUCGUAUAGCAGCUAGUGGUGAAUUAGGGGACUAUAUAGCCUCAUCGGCAGCAUCCUCCAGAAGAUCGUCGAUUUGCUUAGAGGAUUUAGACUUCCUGCUUCCUGAUGCAGAGACUUCUUUCAGUACAAGCCAACAUGGUGCUAUGGUUCUAGGUGGACUUGGUGAACUGCGUGAAUACGACAUGUUAUGUGAUGUGAAUCUGAAUAUCUCAGGCACAUGCUACCCUGUGCAAGGAGCUCUCCUUGCUGCUACCAGUGGUUUCUUCAACAGCAUUCUCUGUCCUAAAGGUAACACUAAAGAAGAAAUCGAUGACAUCAAAGAACGAAAGAUGCCGACAGUCAACGGCAUAACAGCGACUAUCCGGCAAAGUCUUCAUGGUGGGAACAAGAAAGAGAUAGAACUAGAUGGCAUAAGCGCUACCGAAAUACGUCGCGUGCUCGAAGUAUUAUAUUCUACCACCCUACCAAUUGACGGCAGUGUUGAUUUAGAUUGCGUGAAAGCUACAGCUGUGAGGUUAGAAUUGCAGCCAGUUAUUACGCUCUGUGACGACGUGGAGACUCUGAAGAUGGGCUAGUCGGUUGCAAUAUGGUGCACUCGAUGCCAACGGUGUACUAGAUUUUGCAAAUUCUUGCCUUGUGUGUGCAAAUUACC